AUGUCGAUCAUGUUCCCUCGUUUGGCCGGAAAGACGGUGCUCAUCACUGGUGCAUCAGGUCAGUCCCCUCCUCGUGCUAUGAUGGCUGCAGCAGUCCUGUGGCAGUCGCUCACUGUCGUCAUCGACGCGCCCCACCUCUUACCCACCUCUCCGGCUUCCUACCCUCUUCGUCUCCAACCCUCGCGCAUCAUCAUCCUCAACGGAGCCUAGGUGGCAUCGGAGCCGAGACUGCGAUCCUGUUCGCUCGAUGUGGUGCCAACUUGGUCCUCACCGCUCGUCGACAACCGCAACUGGAGGAGGUCGCCAAGUUGGCCAAAGAAGCCAAUGCGCAAGGCGGCACCGGUCAAGGUGGACAGGUCGAAUGCUUCACCUUGGACAUGCAGGAUCGCAAGGCCGUCAAAGGUCUUUUGGAGAGGAUCCCGGAAAAGCUGAGGCUUGUGGAUGUGUUGGUCAACAAGUGGGUCUUGCUCGCCCGAUUCAUCAUGAAGCUCUUUCUCUUGCCUCCUUCCGUCCGUCUCUUACCAUUCUACCUGAUCUCAAAUCUAGCGCCGGCUUGGUCCAUGGAACGGAUAAGAUCGGCGACAUCUUGGAUGAUGACAUCGACACCAUGAUCGAUACCAACGUGCGAGGUCUGAUCACCUUGACCCAGACCAUGGUCAAGGAGAUGAAGAGUCGCUCGCCCACGAGUGGUCACAUCAUCAACCUCGGAUCCAUCGGUCAGUUCAUCUAAUGCAGGUGUUUCAUUUCAGAUUACUCAUUCGCCCGAUCACAAUCUUUUCCCUCCAGCCGGCAAGGAGGCGUACCCAGGGGGCGCGAUCUACUGCGCGACCAAAUUCGCCGUCCACGCCUUCACGACCUCGUUAAUGAAGGAACUGAUGUCGACUCGUAUCCGCGUGACGCUCAUCUGCCCCGGUAUGGUCGAGACGCAAUUCUCCGUCACCCGUUUCCGAGGGGACAAGUCCGCCGCCGACCAGGUGUACGAGGGCAAGGAACCGCUGGUCGCUCAGGACAUUGCCGAGGAGAUCGUUUGGGCCGCAUCGAGGCCAGGUGAGUCAAGAGCUGUCGAGGUGAUUUGAGGAAUGAUGCUGUCCUCGAUCAGCGCUGAUGAAUGUAAGGCUACCUGGCUCAUACAGCUCACGUCAACAUCGCGGAUGUGCUCAUUUUCCCCAAGUGCCAGUCGGGAGCGGGUGGACUCGUGCACAAGGGUCCACUGGCCUAG